AUGCCGCCUGCUUCUUCCCACCUUGUGCCUAAAGAUCGAUUUGCUCAAUUGUUCGGCGGCUUGCGGACGCAGAGCUAUCCAGACCCCAGCGCGCGAGGCCCAGGAUCCCAUAGUAUCCGCACACUAGCAUGGAACCCAACAGGGACCUUGAUCGCAACCGGAUCCGUUGAUCGAACGCUUCGCAUCUGGAACCCCGAACGACCUGAUGUGAGGUACUCGACCGAAUUGCGCGGCCAUUCCUCUGGGAUUGAGCAGGUAGCAUUCAACCCAGUUAAGGAAUCGGAGCUCGCCAGUUGCUCGAAAGAUGGAACGGUUCGUUUCUGGGAUGUGCGCGCAAAGAACUGCGUUGGCCGGGUCGAUGUGGGAGGGGAGGCCUUUACUCUUGCAUGGUCCCCGGAUGGAACUGUCCUGCUGGCUGGACGAAUGGACGACACGUUAGUUCCUAUAUCUGUUGAAUCACUCGCCAGUCCAACCAGCACCGCUCCCAAUGCACCAAAAGCGCCAUCAACUUAUAAGGCAAUGCCAUACCAUAAGCAACCCGUUCGUACCAACGGGAUUGCGUUUUCACACUCUUUCGAUGCUGAUCUUUUCCUUACCACUGGCGACGGAACCGUCAAAAUCGAAUCAUAUCCAUCGUUCACGCCUCUCCAUACGCUUAAUGCCCACACUGCAGCUUGUCUUUGCGUUUCACUUGCUCCUACCGCGAGAUACCUAGCCAUCGGCGGAGGAGACUCCUUAAUUUCCCUUUGGGAUACGACAAACUGGGUGUGCCAGCGCACUGUCUCGAGCAGUGGCGGCGGAGCUGUGCGUGGUGUCAGCUGGAGUUGGGACGGCCGAUUCCUUGUUAGCGCCUGUGAUGAAGUUGACUGCGGAGGUACUGGCCUGGAAAUCUUCCACGCUGAGACCGGGGAUAGCGUUUACACUAUUCCUACCGGAAAUUCCAACGUUGGUGUCCCUGCAGUAGCCUGGCACCCGUCCCGGUACUGUCUUGCGUAUUCCCUUUAUGCGGAGGGCAUUGGAAGUGGUAACAACGGAUUACGUAUUGUGGGUGGUGGUGCAGGCGAUUUUUGA